UCACGCGAGUUUAGUAUGAGAUGAAAUCGACGUAUUGUUAGUAAAUUGUUGAGAUUUGUGAACUUACUGAACAUUAAUUUCAUUGUGGACUAAAGACUUUUGUGGCUAAGUGCUAUCCAGAUUAGUGAGUGCAGAAUCUUCUGAAGCCCUGUUCGAUAAACUCAAGAGCUUAUGCUAAAUAUUUAUAUAAUCAACAUAUAGAAUAAGUUAAUUUUAAGUAACUUUGUAUAGGCUUUUUCGUUAAAAUAAUUUCAAAACAAGUUCACUAGGGUUGUUCUAUAUCGGGUUGUUUAUUUCCCCUUCUUCCAACGCGCGGAAUCGCCAUCCAUCAUGCCGGUGACGUCAUAACCUCCGAUUGGUUGUAGGCUUGUCACGUGGUUAGUUAAUUGGACCCGGUGGGCGGGAAUCGUGUGCGGAGUGGGGCAAGAAGGGUGGUCGUCUCCCGACAAGUCGUUGCCUUUGGAGAAUUCCGGUAAAAUUAUUAAUGACUAUGAGUUCGUUUCUGAUGAACCCCGUUUCGGGUUAUCAACAGCCGCAGCAUAUCUCGGCGGGGGUGGUGGUGGACCCGAAGUUCCCACCGAGCGAGGAGUAUAGUCAAAGUAGUUACAUACCGUCCGCGACCGAUAAUUUUUUCGGAAACCACCAUCUUAAUCAACCGCAACAUCUGAACUAUGGAUACCACAAUCACCACCAUCAAGGGACCUACGCUUCUUCCCUGCCUCUAUCUAACUCCGGUUAUGGGGGGUACGGAAACUACUAUCAUCCGCAGCUACACCACACGGCACCUCCAGUGCACCAAGUACGACCCGUCCAACCCAUCCAUGAACCUCAAAAUCAGCUUCUUAAUUGCGCCUCCUUAGCAGAAGGGCAUCCCAAUCAUCCGCCUCCAACGACGACUCCUUCUAAUAUCCUUCACAAUAUUACAGACAUUACCCCGAACGUGUCACAGCCUAGUGAUGUGAAUAGUAGUGUGUGCAGCCCGGCCUCUGUAGGGCAUGGGCAAGAUUCCAGAGGAUCACCUCCUGGAGGUCAUUCCUUACAAGAACUAGGUUUGAGACUGGAGGAUGGUGUAUCUGAUGACCACGAUGACCUUGAUGAUGGGCAGGGAAGUUCGACAAACAACGACGAAGAUGAUGAUGAUGAUGAAAAUGGUGAUAGGCAGAUUUAUCCCUGGAUGAGGAAAGUCCAUGUGGCUGGAGCAUUUUCGAAUGCGCAUGACAUUUCAUCUAAUGGCACAAGCGGUGCAUUUGCCCCAGGUAUAGAACCCAAGAGGCAACGGACAGCCUACACCAGGCACCAAAUCCUUGAACUAGAAAAGGAGUUCCAUUAUAACCGCUACCUGACGAGAAGGAGGCGGAUAGAAAUCGCCCAUGCUUUGGUUCUCAGCGAGAGGCAAAUUAAAAUAUGGUUCCAAAACAGACGAAUGAAAUGGAAAAAGGACAACAAAUUGCCAAACACGAAAAACGUCCGCAGGAAAACGAACCCCGCCGGCGUCACGACGACAGCGUCGGGGGCGCCGACGUCGGCGUCCUCCGGCAACGGCAAAUCGACAUCAAAGGGGGGCAGGGGCGGUAAGGCGCAGAAUAGCGCCGUCGCCGCCUCCCAACAGCAGGGCAACAACAAUGACAAGAGGAAGAACAACAACACACGAGAAUCUGUCGAUGGUCUGGGUGAUAAUAUGCUCGACAUGACUCUUACCACAUCCCACCAACUACCCACGACCAUAUCUGGUCAUUCACAUGCUCACCCUAUGACUGCCUCGCUCCACCAUAGCAAUACGAUGUUAGACCCUACCCUCAGUCAUCUGGGUACAAUAGGAAAUCAUACGAUAGCUCCCAUGUCUUCUCCACCCGGAUGUGGUGGAAUACCUGGUGGAGGGAACCCGCCUGUAAUCAAGCCAGACUAUGAUCUUACGGCACUGUAAUGGUAGGAAUUUUGAGAGUUUUUAGUUUGACUGUUAGAUAAGAAAAGUGACAAAAAAUUGUGUUUUUGCCAAAAGCAUUUUUGUGUUGUUACCUAUUUUGUAUAGAAUCUAGUAUAUUAGAAAUUUGUAAAAAGUUUGUUUUGUUAUAUUAAAUAAGUUAAAGGUUCUUUUUGUUGGUGGUACUUUUAACCAGAAAAUGAGAAAAGGUACAAAAAAUAAUAGUUAGUUUGCGAAUAUGACACAAAAGCGUUAGCAUGUAUAUUGGUAUAUAUAAAAAUUAAACUUUUAUUCGCAAUGCAAAUCAGAAUAGCCAUAAAUAGUUUUUUUUUAAACUUCUGUGCUAUUUAGCGGCCAACUAUUGGCAUUUAUUAAUUAAACCAUUUGCAUAUUAAAUUUUUAGAAUUGAAUAAAAUGAUAUCGGGCAAACAUAUAUAUGAUUAAUUGAAGUUAAAUUCAAACUAGCAGAAAUUAACAACAUGUCUACAACAGUUUGAAAUUAAUUAAUUUUUUUAUUAUAUUAUCGAUGCUUUUUGCAUUUUUUUUGGCAUA